CUAACAGCCAUAACCAUCAAUUAUGGCAUUAUUGGAUUUUUUUAUUGCUCAAAAGAUCCAUAACCUUAAUUUGGUUGAUAUUUUUGUUAAUUUGAACAAAAUCAGCAACAUUGACAACCCAUUCUACCAUUGUUGGUGCUUCAGUUCAUUUCCAAUUUGAGCAAAAAAAUAUUACUGCCAUUCUGUUACACAUUGAAGAAGUAGUGUAUAUUAUCCAUUUUCACAUCCUGGAUAAAUAGCAAAUCAUUUCUGAUGACAUGGCAAAAUUUACCUUUAAAAUGUAUUGAAUUAUCAUAAAAAUGACUAUCUACAUGUGGAUCAAAUAUGUCAUUAUCUUGACAAUGGCAACAUCGACUUAAACCUUUUGUAGACAUUUAUUUUAUACAUAACUUAUUGGGCACUAAUUCUCUCAUUUUACCGAAUAUAAUACAUAUUUUCUUUUAAACUGCAGCAUAAGGUACAUUUUAUGUAUUUAAUCCAGAUGUUUUUUCCAUUAAACCAUUUGAACAUCAUGCCCCAAAUUUUGGGUACACCUUUAUCCUGUAAUUUGUACAGGUUCAUCUUCCUUUGCCGAUUUCUAAUGGUAUUCACACUUUCCAAAAAGAAUUAAUGAUGCCAAUCUUUACACAAUUGUAGGCAAAACUCAUUUUCUCCAGCAUCACUAGUUAGAUCUCUUUGAUCUUGGUUAAAUUGCUCAUAAAUCUUAAGUAGUAUGAGGAACUUCUGAGAACGUCUCCACCUCAGGGCGAGGUGCAUGGCUGCGUUUGUCUGUUGUUAACGUCGACUGGAUAAAACUGCUUCUUCGGAUGCCUUAAUUUUGAUUUUGCUGACUGGAAGAGAUGUGAUUUUUCUUCACAAAAUUUGAAUAUGCUGUAGGCCUUUGGUUCGUUUCCUCAGAAUAUAUGUGUACAAGGCAUACAGAAAUAAUUAAUUUCUUGCUUAGAUUUGAGAUAUCUCCAAGAUACCUCAUUCUGUAUAUGCAAAUACGCCAAAAUCUGAAAACUCCCCAAAGCCAAAACACAUCUGUUCCCAAUCAAUCCAGAAAAGAGAGGUUCAACCUCUCAGGGAAUUUUGCGUUUCAUUUUGGCGUGAGUGCAGAUGAGUUCCCUCUAUCAGCUCCAGCUUCAUGCGGGGACAUGAGAGAAGCUUCCCACAAGGAUGGUAAAAACAUCAAAACAUUCAGUCGUCCCCUGGGCAACGUUCUUGCAGAUGGCCAAUUCUCUCAUACCAGAAGCGAUUUGCAGUUUCUCAAAUCGCUCCUGACACAAAAAAAACUAGUGUAUUUUUACAGAAAAUUUGGCACCAGUGACAGAAAUACUGUAACAUGCAAAGAAGAGGGUGAAAAAAGAACAGAUCAAAUAUUUUGCCAUCUUUUAAAUUUAAAACUAAGCAAUAUGUAUUGGAAAUAAUUGCACCCAGACUCUGGGCACAUAUCCUUUUGGAAAAUAAAUGGCAAUCAUAACCUUAUUGAAAAGGAAAAAUGAUGUCAUAUCCGUUUGGCAAAUGUGAAUCUCCAUGAACAUGUGGAGACCACCUUUUGAAAACCACUAGCCAUGAAAAGCAUGACCUUGUUAGAAGUCAACCCUUUGAACAAGUGAUAUUCACAAGCAUCAUGUUAUGGUGCACAGGUAACUCAGCUGUUAAACUGAAGAACCAUGUCUUUAAACUAUUUGGUUAGCAGAGGAUGGUUGUUACUUUGAAGUUGAAAUUGCAGUUGCAAUUGCCCAAAAGAUAUACACUCCCUUGGAACCUCUUAGUUUAAACUAUGCACUCAGAGAUAAAAAAAACAGUCUUCUUUGAAAAAUAACAUAUCUUGUUUACUCACAAACAUCUUGUAUUAAUUCACCAUACAGGCACAUUUCUUAUUAAAGUUCAGUUAUAGAUAGAAUGUAGCUUCUCUCUGUGUUGAGUAGUACACAGGGUAUAAUUCUUAAUCAAUAGUCCAUAGUCUUUAAGUAUAGUUGUACUCACUGAAGUCCAAAAUCAUGCUUCUCUACUGAAGUCCAAACAGAUACAUGCAUCCACCUCCACUGAGGUCUGAUGCAAACAUACAUCCACCUACACUGAAGUGUAAAGCAGACACUGAAUACAAAAUAGAGUCCCGGGUCUGAACAUGCUCAGUACAAUCACAUGUCUAUAACCCCUCCCACACCAUAGAGGUACAGUUAAACUGGCAAAUCAACAUACACAUAGAAUACAGGUUAGCAAAUAUAUACAUUAACAAAUAAAUAGUGAAAGACUGGGGAGAUUGCUAUUUCCAACAUAAAAUGUGGUAUAAAAACUGAGAACUGAGAACUUGAGGAUUCUAUUACAUUUUUAGAGGUUCAUAUUUUAAAAUCUUAAUCAGUUGACUUCUGCUUCUGAGGCUGAAGUAAAAUGCUGUUUUUGUAUUUUCAGUGGGAAUUGGAUAAAACUGCUUAUUCAGAUUAUUUAAUUUUGGUUUUGCUGACUGGCUGAGUAUGAGUUAUCAUGUGGUUGUUGUGUACCUUCAAGUGGUUUCCUCAGAUUGUUGUAUAUACAAGAUUUAAAUGAAACAUACAUUAAUUUCUUGCGUAGACCUGAGAUAUCACCAAGAUAUCUCAUUCUGCACAUGCACAAAUAUCCAAUAUCUGAAAAAAACCAAAGCCAAAAGACAUGUUCCCAAGCAUUCCAGAUAAGGGAUGCUCAACCUCUAAUGGCAUCUUGAGGGGUGUGCAUGUGUAGUGGGGGAAACCAGAUGGUGCUGUGUGUAUUUAAAAGACCAGCUGGAUGUGGAGUCAUCAGGCAGAAUAGUAAGAGGAGCUGUGAUGGCAACUGGGCUGCGGUAUCCGGGGAAGGUGGUCAUAGUAACGGGGGGCACCAGGGGCAUCGGCGAAGCGAUCGUCAGAGAAUUUGUCCACCAGGGAGCCAAAGUGGUAUUCUGUGCCAGAGAAAGUGAAGAAGAACAGGGGAAGGCGAUUGUGCAGGAACUGGAGUAUUGUGGGAGCCCUGGGGAAGCGUACUUUCAGAUCUGCGAUGUUCGCUGCGAAAAAGCUAUUAAGAAUCUAGUUGCCGUGACCAUUGAACGUUAUGGAUGCCUUGACUGUCUGGUGAACAAUGUUGCCAUCCAUCCCCCUUACCGAACAAUCGAUGAUUGCACUGCAGAAGAUUUCCACAACCUCAUCGCCAUCAAUGUUGUCGGCUACUUCUUAGCAUCUAAGUAUGCUUUGCCUUUCAUCCGUAAAAGAAAAGGGAACAUCAUCAAUAUGUCCAGCAUUGUCGGCAUUUUUGGAGACAGGAAAUCUCCAAUUUUUGUUGCAACUAAGGGUGCUGUUACUGCAAUGACAAAAGCUCUGGCCAUUGAUGAGAGCAAGCAUUGUGUCCGAGUCAACAGCAUCUCACCUGCCAAUAUCUGGACUCCAAUGUGGGAAAAACUUGCAAACAAAGAUCCUGAUCCAGAGGCAGCGAUCCAGAAAGGCAAAGAUUUUCAGCUUAUGGGACGGAUGGGGACCCCUGCAGAGAUUGCCAAGGCUGCCCUGUUCCUUGCUGCCGAUGCCACAUUCUGCACAGGAUUUGACCUUGUGCUUAGUGGUGGAGCUGAGCUUGGCUUUGCCCAUAAGAGUCAAGUUACUCCUGGAUGUGGCUCUAAAAAUUAGUGGAGUCAACCAGAAAGGGAGGAUUGUGGUGACUACAAGGUAGAAUGACAAUCUAUCUGAUUUCCACUUCACAAGGUAGUUGUAUCCGUGCAUUGUAGCCCAUACAGAAAAAAUUGCAGGAGGGUUUAUGUCUCCUUCUAAAUGUUUGUUUGACUAUAAUUCCCAACAGCGAGCAACUAAUACAGUCUAUGUGAAGAAGGCACUGGAUAUUGCAGUUCAGCAACAUCUGGAGGGCUACAUGAUUCCCGGGUAAUCAUCCAAAUAAUAUAAUACAUUCAGAUAUGAUAAGGGUGAAGAAGGUGCUUUGCCACAGGACUUUCUUCUUGUUUUGGAAAGCAGAAUAGCAACAGGUACAGUUUUUCCAAUCCAUGCAUUACCCAUAUAAGAAAAGGCUAAGAAGCAUGUGGAAUUCUAGAUCUGUGGUUUCCAGCAUUUAGUCCUUCGGUUGUUUUGAUGCUCCAUUCCAACCACAUCCUUCAACCCAGAGCUGUGCCAAGGAAUAGGUCCCUUCCCAUAUCAUUCCCAGUUGGGAGCUCAGGUAUGAGAUUUAGCAAAUUGCCCUCAAAUCUGGACUGUGAAAUCCACUUCCAAAAGACCUGCCUCCCAGAUCAGAAAAGGUCAAUAAACUCCAGAACGAUGCGGAUUGGAUGAGCUCUCCCUGUUGGAACAGUUGCCCGCAUUGCAAAGAUAAAUGCUGCUUAAUAUUGGGGGCAAAGUGAAAGUGUGGUAAAGACCUCCAUGGAUGAAUCCUUGUUCCCAUCCAAGGAAGCGAUUUCUUAAUCUCUUCUUGAUAUUGUAACACUAACAACAAACAUAUCUUUUCAUAUGUGAGCAAUUCUAAUUUUUAUACUCAAUAAACAUUUAACUCAAAGAGUCUUAA